AUGGCUUUGGGAGGAAGGUUAUGGAACCUUCUGCUAUGUCCUUUGUUCUACUAUGUGGUUUUGUUUGGCUACGUCAUGUUUGCCAAAUCUUUCGUCAAACAACCACGUCAAGACUUGUCAAGACCAAUGACUUCGCCGAUGACAACCAUGAUGACCAUCCACCAUCGCAGACAAGGCACGAGGGCCCAGCAAAGCCACCGACGAUUCGACAUGAGCGCGCACCCUCCUCGCCCAUUGACAAAUGGCCACAAGUGCCCACCCUCCACUUCCGGGCGUCGACGAGGGCUCACAACCACACGACGGGCCAGUAACUCGACGAAGGGCGAAGAGCACCCAUCCACGACUUUGUGUCCACGAGGGCUCACGACCACACGACUGGACAGCAACUCAACGAAGGGUGAAGUGCGCCCACCCACAACUUCACGAGUGCCCACCACGACCUUUGACGAAGGUCGACGAGCGCCCAUCCACGACUCCGUGAGCGCCCACCACGACCAUCGACCGCCCACUCCGCCACCACGUCACCGUGCGACGCGAUGCAAGGACGACGACGCGGACGACAAACGAUGGACGGACAAUGGCGAAGAUACGCCGAGGACGACCAGCGUCCACACACCACCACCAUCGACGAAGCACGACGGGCGCCCACUCACCAGUUCAAAAGACAACAUAGACACCUAA